CAACCGGAAACAAACGACGGUUCUAUAAAUGGGCCAAUGGCGGAGAAAGCUACGAACGGUGAACCUAUAAACCGACUGUACAACGGCUGCGCAGCAAACAAACGACGGUUCUAUAAAUGGGCCAAGGCGGAGAAAGCUACGAACGGUGAACCUAUAAACCGACUGUACAACGGCUGCAACAGCAAACAAACGACGGUUCCUGGCUUAUGCCUUUUCAAAAUUCUUACAGAGGGACCCACCGCCAACAGAUACGACCUAUACCUAUACCUAAGACCUUUUCCUUUUUGGACGGCCAACCCUCCAACAAAACAAAGAGAGAAUUCCGAAUUCCUUAUUCCUUCCUCCUUCUUCCGACCCAAAUUCUGAACCCUAAUUGAAGAAUUCGACAUUAACAUUCAAGGCUCCUUGGGUUGGGUCCUCUCGAUUCCCUAAGGCGCGCCCUCCAUAGCUCGCCUUUGCGAAAUUGACAAACUUCAUGGCCCAAUUCUACAAACUUGCAUUCUCUUCCGUCUUCAUCAUGAUCGCCGUACUCUUCACCAUCUGCUCCGUCCCUACCGUCCGAUCCGAUGACCACUCCUCUGUCAUCCAACUACAUUCCCAAGACAACGGCAAGAACGACGCGGAUCUCUGCGGCGGAGUUUCCGUGCCAGCCUCCUGCCCCAUCAACUGCUUCCGCGCCGACCCAGUCUGUGGUGCCGACGGCGUCACCUACUGGUGCGGCUGCCCCGACGCUCUCUGCGCCGGCGUCAAGGUCGCAAAGCUGGGGUUCUGCGAGGUCGGCAACGGUGGGCCGGGCCCUCUCUCUGGUCAGGCCCUUCUUCUCGUCCAUAUCGUCUGGCUCAUCGUGCUCGGCUUCUCCGUCUUGUUCGGUCUUUUCUGAUGGAUUUUGAGGCGUUUCAUGGACUUCAUGUCAUUGAUUGAUUGGUCAGGAUUUUUCUUUUUAUUUUUUGUUCAUUUUGUUGUGAGAAUGUGGGCGAAAGUAAGGCAUUCGGUGCAUUUUCUUUGUUCUGUAUGUAGGAUGCACAUAUAUACGGCUAUUGUCUGUCAUUUCCUCCGAUUCCUUCUGUUAUAUAUAUAUAUAUAUAUAUAUAAAGUCCCAUUUUUUUC